UUCAAAACGCCGCAGUGCUAAAUGAAGCGCUUCUCUGUUGUUGUACUGAACUUCGCUGUAGUGUUAGGAUUUUUCUGUCCCGCUUUUGCAGUAAUGUCCGCCGAACGUCUCGCUAAAAUCCCAGAGGUUGAUUUAGAUCCUAACGGCGUCUUCAAAUACGUCCUCAUACGGGUGAACAGCAACGAUGACGAUUCCUAUGUUGAUAUUGUGAGAGGAUACGCGUGGGCCGAGUAUCACGCUGAUAUCUAUGACCGCGUGGCCGGAGAACUGGAGAGAGGUGGAGGACUGGAUUGUGAAUGUCUCGGAGGAGGAAGAAUCAAACAUGACAGUGCUGCAAAAAAGAUCCACGUCUACGGUUACUCCAUGGGAUUUGGGAGAGCAAAGCAUUCUGUUUCCACAGAGAAGAUAAAAACUCAUUACCCAGACUAUGAGGUGACCUGGGCUGAUGAAGGGUAUUGAGCAGGUCACACGGGUUAAAUGACAGCUGCGUAUAAGGACGCUAUUUCAAACCUGCCUGUCUUAACGUAGCAGUCUUGACGCGCCAAGGCUGAGGAAGACCAGAACUUUAAUAGAUUUCUGACGUGGAUGGAUAAGACGUUUACUGCAAAACUAAAGGAGAGGCCGUCUUCGUUAAGUUUGAUUGGUUUUAACUUCAUGUGUAGUUUAACACAUGGCAACAAAGAGAAAGGAAUGCAAUUUUGUUUAUGGUCCAUUGGUCUUUAAAUACGGGAAAUGAUGACAUAAAGCAGGUUAAGUACUUCCUCCAAACCAUAAAAGGUUAUAUAGUGACAUCCUGAUAUGAGAAUGAAGUCCAGAGAAGUGCGCGUGGAUAUUUCCGGGACAGUUUUUUUUUUAUGUCAUUCAUUUAAGCUGUAUGUCACAAUGAGGGAAAUAACUUGCUAAAACAAAUUACUGCGCUUAACUACAACAUAUGAAAUUUAUAUUGUGAUUCAGUGAUCACAAAAGCACCGUGCUAUAAAUCUGGACCCUCAGACCCGAUCGGUGGUUGUAAACCUCGCCUGAUAAACUUGACGAUCCACAUCCGUUUGUCAGCAUUUUUUAAUAAAAGAUGCCAUUAGGAGCAAUCACUUUCUUGACUCGAAAUAUUACAACCCAACAUCAUCUGACGUUUAGAAUUUGCAAAAAUUAAAACAACUUAAUUAACAUGUUUCUCAUUUUAAGCUUGAAGAUUAAAAUAGAGAACUUCGUGUAUUAGUCGCAUUUGAAUUAUUCUGUGCAAACAAGCAGAAAUUGAUUGCACAACAUCAUAUUUAAUAAAUGCUUCUAGUGCUGCAUA